AUGCUUACGGCCCCUUAUGUUCAUUUAAAUAACACUGCUACUAGUGUCAGAGAUGUUCGAGGUAGUCAUGACAAUACCACAGCAAUGAUCGAUUAUACCAACUUGUAUAUAAAGAAUUUGGAUCCUGAAGUUACUAGCUAUGAUUUGUUCAAAAGAUUUAGAGCUUACGGUAAAAUCAUCUCUGCUAGAGUCAUGAAGGAUACAGUGACAGGUGUCUCCAAGGGCUAUGGAUUUGUUAGCUUUACGCAUAUGGAUGAAGCAAGCGAUGCUCUGCAAAAUAUGAACGGUGCCUUAUUGAACUCAAAGAAUAUUAUCGUUACAUUUCAUACACACAAAAAGUUUCUUUCUUCUCAACAACAACAACAACAACAAAAGCAACCUAAAAGACAACAUCAAGAGUACAUCAACCUAUCUCCUCCUACAAGUGCAUCCACUACCAAUACAUACAACAACAGCAACAGCAAUGUGUAUGCACCUCAACUAUCUCCACCUUACCAUCAUCAUCAUACCACAACAACUUCCCCUUCUUAUGGUUUUGCUCCAGAACAGCAUCACAAUAUACCCGCAAAGUCUGCCUUGCCUUCUCAUCAAAAUCAUAAUCCAUGGAAUGAAACUGGUAUUUGGAUGCAUAAAUCUCCUGUUGUACCUCAUCAUGCGUAUCAUACUUCAUCGAUGCAUAUUGCAGUACCUCCAACAACAACAACAAAUACAGCAAAUGCAACCGUACUGGUGUCACCCAACAAUAGCCCACCUUUGAUUGAUUUGGUAUCGUCUUCUCCCAGUCUUCCUGUGUAUUACCAGAAACCCCAAGAAAACGACACCAACACGUCUAUCACUACAAGUCAAAUUCAGAACCAAAAGAUUCGCGCCGCUGUAUCAUCUCACUUGAAGGAUUAUCAACAGAAAGAUCUCAAUGAUUUGGUCGAUUUGAUCCAGUCUCUGAAGAAAAGGGAUUUGUCGCUUUGUUUGUUCAACCCUACCUUCCUGAAGCAGAAGAUUGACGAAGCUUAUGAAGCACUUUAUCUGUUUCAAAAUGCUCCUAAUCAUCAGCCACAGGUCUCGUCCAUGUCAACCACCCCUUCUCUUGUACCUCAUCAAAUCGACGAUCAGACCGCUACAAAUGACUUCAACUCUGCAACUGCCAUCUUGAACUCGUUGGAGGGCAUGACCCUAAACAAGAAAAAGCGAGUAUUUGGCGACAUUUUCUUUCCAUUUGUCCGAGCCACAGGUGUUAAGCAUGCUCCAAAAGUUACUAUUCGCUUGUUGGAUACUGUUCCUUUGGAAGAAUUAGUUUUCAAUAUGUAUGAUAAACAAGAAUUGACAAGAAAGGCUCAAUACGCAUAUUCGCAACUUUAUUCUACCAACAACAACAACAACAACAACAACAAGAAUGAAUACUGA